AGGAGGUCCAGUCGUUACUAGGGGCGUGGAAUCAAUGUGUAAAAAGGGGACCUCGCAGUUGCAUACAUUGUGCGAUGCGAAACGUUGGCGAGCUAUUAACGUUGUCAAUUUAAUGCUGAGAAUAUUCACCUGGACAUUCAAUCAACAUUACGUUGAAGACUCAUCGCCUCUGAAAGCCGUAUGAGACACUCGCUCCGGUAACCUGCAGAAAGCUCCCACCACAUCGGAUGAGACCGCCUGCAUAGCCGCUAGUCAUUUGGCGGCAACAGGGCUAUAUAAGACGUAGGCGAGGGAUGCAAGAUUGGAUGUGCAGACUGACAUCGUUCCUGUCAUACCCCCAUGCUGAAGAAUUGCGUAACCGAGCUGCAGGUCUGCUGCAGGUCUUCCGUCCCCACUCCGCCUUAGUGUCCGGAACAACCAUAUGGCUGUCAUCAUCUAGUAACGUCAGUGACUCAAAAGUGAAAUUGCCAUGGAAUCGGGUACCGAGCACGAUGGAUUUAAAUAUCCAUCUGUUCCCAAUUCACAAUGUGAUCUCAGCAUAAAUAUUUAUGAGACCAUCAGCGACAGAAACGUCAAUAAUAUGGGCACUUCGACAGUCGUGAGAGGUGGGAGCGACCCAAGUUCGUAUCCUCCAUCGAAUUAUCAGCUGAUCGUACGUCAAAGAUUCAUCAGGAGAAGUUUGUGGUUCUCGGACUCGGAUGAACAGGCUUUUGAGGUGCCAGAAUGUGACAACAGCAGUAAAAUCCUCAACAUAAACCUGCGCACGAUAGUUGACAGGACACUGGGGGCUUGGACAGGGCCACAGGAGGGCUCCAGCACCGAGAGUCAAGGGGGGCAGAAAGACAGCGCCACAGAGAGUGCCAGUGCUGAUGAGAAGGAGAAAGCUGGGGAUACAUUGACCGUUGCAUCCACCGAGAGCAGUAAAAAUGCUAUCAGAAGUGCCAGCGACGAGAACGAGGAAGAGGCCGAAAUGAAAGCUGUUUCCACAUCCCCUGGGGGACGGUUUCUCAAGUUUGAUAUUGAGCUCGGGAGAGGGUCCUUCAAGACUGUCUAUAAAGGUCUGGAUACCGACACAUGGGUGGAAGUUGCCUGGUGUGAACUUCAGGACCGUAAGCUGACCAAAGUAGAGCGUCAGCGGUUUAAGGAGGAGGCAGAGAUGCUGAAGGGGCUGCAGCACCCCAACAUUGUCCGCUUCUACGACUUUUGGGAGUCACCCCUCAAAGGGAAGAAAUGCAUCGUCCUGGUAACGGAGCUCAUGACAUCAGGCACGCUCAAAACAUAUCUGAAGCGCUUCAAGGUAAUGAAGCCCAAGGUUCUGAGGAGCUGGUGUAGGCAGAUCCUGAAGGGUCUUCACUUCCUCCACACCAGAGCCCCUCCCAUCAUCCACAGAGACCUAAAGUGUGACAACAUCUUCAUCACGGGCCCCACCGGCUCCGUCAAGAUAGGAGACCUGGGGUUGGCCACGCUCAAGAGGGCCUCCUUCGCCAAGAGUGUCAUAGGCACCCCAGAGUUCAUGGCCCCAGAGAUGUAUGAGGAGCACUAUGAUGAGUCAGUGGAUGUCUAUGCCUUUGGGAUGUGCAUGUUGGAGAUGGCCACCUCAGAGUACCCGUACUCGGAGUGCCAGAACGCUGCACAGAUCUACCGCAAAGUCACCAGCGGGGUGAAGCCUGCCAGCUACAACAAGGUUGUGGAUCCUGAAAUCAAGGAGAUUAUUGGCGAGUGCAUCUGCCAGAAGAAAGAGGAGCGGUACUCCAUAAAGGACCUGCUGGACCACGCCUUCUUUGCGGAGGACACAGGGGUGCGGGUGGAGCUGGCCGAGGAGGAUGAUGGGAAGAAGGCGGCCAUCGCCCUGAAGCUGUGGGUGGAAGACCCAAAGAAGCUGAAGGGAAAAUACAAGGAGAGUGGAGCCAUUGAGUUUACCUUUGAACUGGAAAAAGAGAGCUCGGAGGGCGUGGCCCUAGAGAUGGUAGAAUCAGGGUUCUUCCAUGAGAGUGAUGCUAAGAUCGUGGGGAAGUCGAUCCGGGACCGCGUAGCACUUAUUAAAUGGAGGCGGGAGAGGACUGUGUCGGCCCUACCCCCAGUGAACCAGGGAGAGGCAGGACUCAGGGCCCAUGCCACCCUAGCCCAGGGGACCUCUGCUGGGGCUACACAGGCAGGACAGCCCCCUUUGAUUGAGCCCAACGAGCCAGAAGCAGACCAGCACGACAGGCUAUGUAACCUUCCGGCCAGCGCAACCUCUGUCACAUCAGACAGUACCUUUGACAGCGGCCUGGGCUCCACUGUGUUUUCUGACUCCCACAGCAGCCAGCACAAUGUCCUCUACCAGUCCCAAGUGGAACCCAUCACCAUGGCAACACAGCAGCGUCAGUGUUUGGCUUCAGCACGUCCCCGAUCCUGUGAAAGGGGCGAGGGGUGGAAAGCAGCCCUGGGGCCAGAGUUCCGAGUGUGUGCAGGGACACGGAGAGGGAGUGCCUCGGUCAUUGACACUCUUAGAGGCAACAACGACAUCCCUCUUCAUAUGCUCCUGCAACCUAUUACCUCUGGGUCCUGCAGCCAACAGAGAGCUUCCAGUCCCUCCUCCACAUCACCAGACGACCAGUCAGAGAGCAGCCCCUCUGAGUCCCGCUCUGAGGCCGAGGAUGGCUUCCCUUCCCCGAGUGCAUUUCCUGCCCCCAUCCUCCUGGCCCCCCCAUCCCCCACAUACUCUGAGGCCCGACGUCAUAGUGACUCUUCUAUAGAAUCUCCGACAUUGGAAGCCACCAAUGGAAGUAGGUUGAAGUCUGUGUCAGUGGAGGCAGCAGUGGGGCGGAGGCACUCGGACCUUAGCACGCUGCAGAGCCUAAACUCUGCCCUUCAACACCACCAUCAUCAUCACCAAGGCGCACCCAGAAACCACCUGUGCCAAGCCUGCCUCUCUCUGCUGCUGCUGAAGUCACGAGAAGGGGGGCACAAGAAGCACACUGCUUUUCCCUUUCCACCACACCCCUGUGCUUGCCCCCACCGGUACCACCACUUCUCCAGUGGGAUGACGACAACUGCAGGGUCAGGAGGGAUGAAAGGUCCAAGUCAUACAGGAAGUGACUUCUCUGACCUCUCCUUAUUACAAAAGAACCUGAUGAACAUCAUCAGCCGUAAAACCACCCCAUCCAACCAGGGCCAAGCCUCCCUCCUCCACCUGCGUACAGCCCAACAGCCUGUACGGAGCUAUGGGGAUGGUAGUCUGAAGUUAACCCAGAGAGGCUGCUUCAGUGUUGACCACACAGCACCCCCUCUAGCCAGGCCCAUACAGGACCACCAGGCCAGCUACUGUGCUGGGGAGCACCGAGCCACCGGGCCUCCGGGAGUGCCCAGUGCUGUGCAUGCAUUGCUCCAGAACCAGUCAUCUCUCCAGGGCCAGCCUGCCUCUGCCCCAGCCCUGCACACGCACCUGCAGUACCUCCAGCCUGGCCACAGCUAUCUCGCCAGUCCCCUGGCAGCCCAACAGACACCUACCGCAGCAGGCUACUCAGCUGCAGCUCUACAACACACCCCAGCCUCGACAACUUACACAGCAUCAAACAUUCCUCUGCAACAUAACAAUACUGGACAUAGCUACCCAGCUCCAGCUCUGCAAAAGACAGCAACAGCAGCAAGUCAUUCAACUGCAAAUGUACCACUUCAACAGCCUGCAGCAAGCAUUUCAGCAGCUACCCUGCCCCUGCAACAGCCACACACUGCAGCAAGCUACACUGCAGCAACUAUGCCAAUCCAACAGACACCAACUCCACAGAACUACAGUGCCCCAACUCAGCAACAAAUGACUCAAACUGCUGCAAGCUACCCAGCUCCAAUUCUGCAACAGACCCCAACAGCAGCAAGCUUCUCAGCAGCAGUAGCCAUGCCUGUCCAACAUACUGUAUUGGCAGCUAGCAUAGGAACUGCAACAAUACCCUCACAACCAGCUGCACAGAGAUACCCAGCUCCAGUGGAGCAUCUGCAACAUCUCGCUCCCCCACAGAGCUAUGCAUCUGUAGCCCCAACUGUGGUCCACACCGUACCUAUACCCAGUCUCCCUACUCAGGAUCCCAGUGUCGCAACACAGCCUCUAGCUGCUGCUGUGCUUCCCCCAGUCCAGCCUUGCCCAGCGCCACACAGCCUCCCAGCCACAGCCAUGCCUCCCAGUCUGCAGCCAGGCCAGUCUAGUCCCAUGCAUCACAGCCAACAGACUGUGCCGGUGUCCAUUCAACAGCAACAUAGCCAGCCAAUGCCCCAGCCCUCAGUACAACACCGCCAACAGCCUGUUCAGGCCCCCAUUCAGCAGCACAACCAGCAAACUGUGCAGGUCCCCCUACCCAAACACAGCCAGACAAUGGCCCAGCCCACUGUCCAACAGGCUCCAGUCGUCCAGAGCUAUCAGUCACCUGCCCAUACUGUGCAGCAAGCUUCAACCCUCCAGAGUUACCCCAACGCUGCACCCCUAAUGGGGCAACCGAACACUGCUUCACAGAGCUACACACCCACAGCCCCACACAUAAAACAACAGGCUGCACCGGUACAAGGCUACACGCCAACGAAACCCAGUGUGAUGGGUCAGGCCUGUCCAUCUGCUCCACAGCAGGCUGCAGCCCCUAAGACCUACCCAGUGGCCCCCAUAGUGCAACAACAGACUGGGACUGCCACUCCACAGCACAGCCAGGCCCAGGCAGCUACACUACCACUAGUCCAACAGAACCAACCCUAUGUCUUCAACGCAGUUUUCCUGAACCAGAAUUUUCCUGCUGCUCAAAGCCUUUCCCAGCACCACCAAUCAUCAUCUAGUCUGCCUUCCCAGGCAUCGCCUCCUCAGCAGCUAUUGGCUCAGGCCUCUGUCCCUCAGCAGCUGCAGCCACUGCAGAUCUCCACCUCUCUGCCACCAACACACCUUUCCCAGUUUUCCUCACCGUAUCUCAACAUUCAAGUGGUGACCUCUCUGACUGGAUGUGACACCUACACUCACCCCUGCCCUGUUCCCCAGUCCUACCCCUCCUCUCUGCCCCCUCUCUACCUCUCCCCAGGCCAGCCUGCCACUCUGCCCCCCUCUGUCUCGUCCCUUGCCCCCUUGCAUAUAGAGAAUGCUCUGGCGCCCCCCACCUCUGUGCCCCCGAUAUCCUCACACACACCCCUGCUGGCCAUGACAGCACCCACACUGCCACAGCAUCAGCAGAUGUACCCCGCUGCUCUGCAAAAGAGUGUUAUGACACACACACACCCUCACACACAGCUCCCCACUCUCACACACCCGGUUCACUCACACCUUGCCUCACUGCCUGGACAACAGAACACACAACCGCAGAAUACACACCAUGUGCACCCAAACCCUUUUCAACACGUCACACACCCCACAUACUCACACCCUGCUGCUGCACCUGAACUUGCUCUGCCGAGCUUUCUGCCCUUAAGACAGCAGGUCAUGCAGCAGGCCAAGGCCCAGCUUCCAGAUGCCAUCCCCUUUGCACAGCCUAAUCAGCCUUCCCAGCCUGCAGUUUUCUCCCCUCCAAUACAGACUGUGUCGGACCCUGGCACAGGUACUGCCGCAACCCAGCUUGACCUCAACCAGAACCCCAGCCAAACCCAGUCCCAGCAUCAGGCCCAAGGCCAGAGCCAACCACAGGCUCCAGCUCUACUACCCCCUGACUCCCAGACAGCAGCCCCUUGGCCUGCAAGCACCAGCCUGACUCAGCAGAACCAGGCCAGUGCCAGCAGAUACUCAGGGACCACACUCACCUCGGGACAGGCUCAAACAGAGUCCAAUCUGGAGGAUCCUGGUACAGAGAAGCAGGCUUCAGGGGCCAGCUACUCCUACGACAGUGUGAACUCCGACGCCACCUCAGGGAAGGAGAUGAGCGACGGUAACGAGGGGACGCACGGAUCAGGGAAGGGCGAGGGGAAGGUCCGGAAACACCACCGCCGCUCCACGCGCACCCGCUCACGCCAGGACAAGAUCAACAAGCCCAAACUCAGCAUGCUCAAUGUGUGUUAUACAGGGGAUAAGAUGGUGGAGUGUCAGCUGGAGACACACAACCACAAGAUGGUUACCUUCAAGUUCGACCUGGAUGGAGAUGCACCUGAGGAGAUAGCCACUUACAUGGUGGAGAAUGACUUCAUCCUGCUCCUGGAGAAGGAGAUGUUUAUAGAGCAGUUAAAGGAUAUUGUGGACAAGGCUGAGGACAUGCUGAGUGAGGACACGGAGGGGGAAAGGAUUUCUGACCACGUGGGCAGUCCCCAGCAGAGCCACGGAGCAGUCAUACUGGGGGGAGAGGGUACAAAGACGGCUACACCUAAUUCACCACAACUUGUGUACCAGCAGAACGUCCUCCACACUGGGAAGCGCUGGUUCAUCAUCUGCCCCGUGGCCGAGACGCCCACGCCAGACAGAGAGAGGACUUUAUCAGACACCUCUACAACCAAGGAGGCUCCUGUCACAUCAUUGUCUAGGUCCAGUUGCAGUACUACUCCGCCAGUGUCUGCCCCAACUCCUGUUCUUGCCCUGACCACCACACCCCCUACUCCAGGCCCCUCUGCACCUCAAAGCUCUGCCCAGUCUCAGGACACCAACGUAGGCAAGGCCAGAGUUCAGCAGCCCCAGGCCUCUGGAACCAAACCCUCCAGCACCCGUGCUACGACUGCUGCCAUGGGCCGCCACGACUCUCUUUCAGGCAGCGAACCCUGCAUCUCCAUGGUAACAGACAUCCCAUGCUGCCCCAUCGUCCCACCUGUGUCCCUGGAUGUGAAUGGGGCGGGACAUAAAGGGGUGAGUGGCACUUCCUCAUGUCUACCCAAUCAGGAGGCCAGCCUUUCAGGAGACCCUCCCCUGGACUCCCACCAGCCAGUGGUCCUGCAGCAGCCCUAUGCCAUGCCAAGCAUGGUGGGUGGAGGAUGUGGAGCCAGAACACCAUCACAGCCCCAGAGUCCUGCCCACCAGGCGUCCCAGCAGCAGGAUGGACCUGGGGGGUCUGGGAGUGGAGGUGGUUGCGGCCUGGGGGAGUCUGAUGGAGAGGGCCCGCCCAGGGUGGAGUUUGUGGACCGUACCAUCAAGACUCUGGAUGAGAAGCUGAGGAACCUGCUGUACCAGGAGUAUGCCCAAUCUACUCCCUCCAGCACCGCCUCCGACCUCCAGGGCUCCAACACAGAGGGGAUCAGCUCUCCCCCUGUCUCUGACUGCCAGACCACCUCUGGGGGAGGGCUCUCCAGGAAGGGAGAGGUGCUGGUAAAGAUGCACUGUGUGUCUGUGUCCGCCAGAUAUUCGGAUUGGGGCAGCAGCAGCGUUUUAUCUGAUGGAGGGCCUCAGAUUCCUGAGCGUACUGAUAGUUUGGGUACACUGAGUGACUCUGCAGGAUUGUUGAACAGGAGAGACUUUGUGGGCAGUUCCAGUUCCUAUGUCUCCAAGAGCCGCUUUCAGAUCAUCCCCACUCCUCUGGACGUCAUCCGUCGUUUAGAGAAGGGCAGAAGUCGCAGUUCCCCGGCUCCCUCUAGUGGUUCGGGGGGCUCUCGCGCCGCAGACGAGGGGGGCAGCCCACGAGACCAGGGGUGUAUGGUCGUGGGUAGGUUCUCAGUGAUUACCGCUGAAGAGGGUGCGGAAAACGCCCCCAAACCCCCCUGUAGUAACCGCUACUCAGCCCCCCCAGACUUGUACCAGGACACCACCGCCUCUAGCCCCAACGCCACCCCCAGCCUGCUCCCACGUGCCCACACUGCUGACGCUGCCACCAACCACUCCUUUCACUUCGACUCUGACUCGGGGGAGGAGGACACCAGCAGUUUAGCCCCUCCCCUUGCCCACCACAAGUCUCCGGCUCAUGCCCUCCCGGAACACAGCGGAAGUGACCUCAUGAAGAGGGCGGUGGCCUUCCUGCGCCGCACUGGCCGCAGCAGUGUGCAGAGUUCUGAUUCGCCGAGCCGGCAAUCCGUGGUAGCGAAUGGCCACACCGUCCUGCCGCCUGGACCCGGCCAUGUAUCAUACGUCAGCAGUGACAACGACUCUGAGUUUGAGGAUGCGGACAUGAGGAAGGAGCUGCAGAGGCUGAGGGAGAAACACAUGAAGGAGAUCUCUGAGCUGCAGGCGUUCCAGAGGAGUGAGAUAGAGCGUCUGUAUAAAGAGCUGGGGAAAGCCCUGCCGCCUGGUGUAGGCCUGUUGCACGCUGCUCCCCCUAGUGGCCGCAGACGCAAGGUCAGCAAACACAAGCUGAAGGCAGGCAAGCUGCUCAACCCCAUGGUGCAGCAGCUGAAAAACAACCUGAAUACCACCACCACCACCGGUGAGAGCGCACCGAGCUCGUCUGGCUCUCCAGCUAAGAGCUCCAUUGUGUCUGACGGCUCGGCCCGCUCCAGUGGCAGUAGCAGUACCAGUGGCACUCGGCCCGGCAAGGCCCCAGAACCUGUCCAGACCCAGCAGCCCUGCUCUCUCAAGGGCUCGUUCUCUUCUGACAACAUCUACGGUGGAGACAUGGCCACACACGUAGGCCCAGGGCAAGGCUGGACGGUAUACCACCAAACGUCAGAGAGAGUGACCUAUAAAUCUAGUAGCAAACCACGUGCUAGAUUCCUCAGUGGACCCGUGUCUCUGUCCAUCUGGUCCACACUGAAACGACUAUGUCUAGGCAAAGAGCGCAGUAGUAGGUCUUCUCACGGCGCCAGUGCGACUCAGACGGCAUCCAAUCAGCAACAGCCAGCAGCUGUCCCCAAUCCUUUGCCAUCUCCUCAACCAAUGACGGUGCUAGCUCAGGCCCAGACAAACAACAGCAACAACAAGAAACCAGGUACUUUCACGGACGACCUGCACAAGCUGGUAGAUGAUUGGACGAAGGAGACGCUGGCGGCCACACAGCCGCGGCCCUCUCUGAACCAGAUAAAACAGCAGAGACGCAUGCAGGACCUGGAGGGUCUAGCCGCGCCCCUGGGAGGAGCCACGCAGGAGGUGAGAUGUCCCAUCCCUCCAAAUAAGUUCCAGCUGCCUUUGUCGUGCCCGCUGACAGCUGCUUUAGGCCCAGCCAUGCCCACUGCCCUGAGCUCCAACCCCUCUGCCAUGCUCCAGCCCGGGUACAUGGUACCAGCAGGCCCCUACGGAGGGGUGGUGCCCAGCCCCCUAUACCCCCAGCAGUGGUCUGGUAUGCCCAGCCCUGUGGGGAUGAUGGGGGUAGCGGGAGGGAUUACCUACCCCACCAUGGCCAACCCAGGGGUGCAGGCCUACCCCCUGACCCUGCACAGCCCUGAGAACGUCCCCAACACCAGGACUACCUAAAGUGACAACUAGCACCUCCCUGCACCCACUAAACCCCUAUCUUACCCCAUCGCCCCUGAUGCUCAACAGACUGCCCCCAGAUGUUCCUCUCUAUCCCAGCACACUCACAUCAGGACUGCCUGACUAACAAGUUUUAACUAAUCCUGUGUUGCUAUCCUAACUCCACUCUGUCCCCCCUGGUUCUCACUCCAGGGUUACAAUUGUAACGAAAUCAAACUCUUAAAAACUUUUAAUAGAGUGAUGGGCUGAAAAAUAGAGUAAAGUAGGGCCCACACAAUUAAAUGCUCCAACAAAUGGCUUAUGGGUCAUUCCACCUCAAAGCACAAGAAAGAUGAUUUCGACACCCACCAUCUGAUUGUGCUGAAAUAUUUUCUGUAGUUAGAAACCUGAUAUUAGCAUUCCUGAAAAUGUUUUUUGAGAUAUAAUUUGAUCCCUGAGAAAUUAAGCAAAUUGCACAAAAAUGUGCCAUUUUAAAUGUAUAUGAUUCAUAUAAUCUUCAAUAAAAAUAGUAUCUAACAUCUGAUUUGGGCCAUAAUUCUUCAUGACAAUUAGUAAGACAAUAAAAUGAUCAAAAGCCACCCACGGACCCAUGUGAAUCUGGUGACAGCUUUUUCCCCUUUUCACAGAAAUUAGCCUUUUGAAGUCUCUUGCAUUAUUUGAAUUUUAUAUUGCUUUUUUUUACAUUUAACCUUUACUUAACGAGGCAAGUCAGUUAAGAACAAAAUCUUAUUUACAUUGACGGCCUACUGGGGAACAGUGGGUUAACUGCCUUGUUCAGACCGACAGAUUUUUACCUUGUCAGCUCGGGGAUCCUUUCGGUUACUGGCCCAAAGUCCUCCAUUAAAGUAAUUGUUAGUCCUUCUCUUAAUCUGUGUCCAGGAAACAGCCCCCCUGUGUGUGGUUUAUUCCGUUUAAAAAAACGCUUAAGAUUAGGUCAUUCCUGUUGAACAAGCAAACCAUUAGGCUACAGCAGUUCUAAUGGUUUCAAAAUGUCAUUCGAAUGGUCUUUAAUGGUGAAAGUCCUAAACAUAGUGUUUUGUAAUUGUAUGGUGUUGGGUUGUAAUGGUAAAUGUCACUUAUCACACUACAUAGAGAUGUUUUCUAAAGUUGAAUUUUUUUAACAUACAAGUGCAAUGGUUUAAUAUUUUAUUUUAUUGGGAUUGUCACAUUUGCAUCACCAGCCAAUUUCUCAAGUUUUGGGCUUGUAGGAAAAGUCUUCAUAUUGCACCAUAAGGACAGGCCUCUCAGGGGGCUGCCAUUUGUUGGACUAUUCAAGAAGAGUUAUAGGUUGAAGCAUUAGGUUUCUAAGAGAAGGACAAACUGAAUUGCUUUCAUGGAGGACUGGCUUGAAGCAUGACCACACAAUCUAUUUUCAUCAUGAGCUGUUUUUGUUCUACCCAAAGUUGCAAAAGAAAAUGUUGUGAUCCAUUUAAUAAACACGAGAAACCAGCUAAAUUAAUAAAGGGUAUGGCAGUAGCAGGAACAGCGGCAUCUAGUGGGAAAAUGCUGGUACUUUCACAAUCUGUGGUAAGUAAUACAAGCUACUUCAAUGGCUAAUUUCUCUGAACAGAUUCACAAGGAAUACAUUACAUGGGAUGAAGAAGCAAUAAUCCAAACCGCAGCUCCAUACUACUUGUCAGACAUAGAGAACUGAUACUGUAUACUUGUUGUUGGGGUGAGAUUGGGUCUGUGGGUGACCAUGUUAUUGGAUUCCUCAUGUCUUACUCAAUGAUAGAUAGAAGUUUGGUCCAAAUCGGAUGUUGGGCACUAUAUGUAUUGAAUAUUACGUGAAUCCUAUCCAUUUUAAAGGGCUAAUUUGAGUGCAAUCAAUUUCCUUAAUUUCUCAGAGAUCAUUUUUUAUUAACAAAAUAGUGUUGCGGGUAUGCUAAUCUUAUCAAUUUCUAACUGUAGAAAGUAUUUCAGAACAAUCUGGGAUGGUGGGUGUCAUGGCUUGCUGAAAUGACAUGGAACGACUCUUAUGUGUUGGAGCAUCUGGUCCCUACUUGACUGUACUACUCACCCCCUCCAGUGUUUCUAUAUGCAGGAUAAUCCUGCUCCACUCUUCUCAGAUUGUGGUUUGAUGCUUUAUUAAAGAGCAACACACGUGUAAAUAGCCUGUGAGCUUGUAAAUAUCCAGUGUGCAUGUCAAUAUACUUUAUACAGCACCGGGAGUUUUCCUGUGUGUAUGUAUACGUGUGUACAGUAUAAAUGUUCUGUGUGUGUCUGAGUACCUACUGCUUUUAGCUUUGGUCUUGUCUAAACUCACAGCCAUACUUUAGAAUAUCAGCGGUCACAAAUGUGAUGUUUUCACCAAAUUCGUCAUAAACGAUAAGUAGUCAUGUUUUCAGAUUGAUUUUUAUCGUUUACUAAUGUUUUGUCAACCUUAAAACACUACAUUAGAAAUCAAAAUUCAAUGGAUUAAGAUGGGGCAGGAGACCUGUAUUUUCUGGAGUUCUCUGAAGGAGUGUAGUGCCUUGAACAUUGAUUUUUCUGUCCGCAUUUUCUUUCCGCAACCAAGAGAUUUUAUUUCGCGGUGGCUUUGUGUCUUAUUUUUUUCUUCUUCUUGGUUUACAAUUGAAUGCCCUUGUAGCACUGCACUAUUAACACAGUAUAUGCUUUUAUUCAAGUAAUAAAAUCAUGUUUUUAAUCUUUGUUUACUCCCCACCCCUGUGACAUUUAGAACGCCAUAGAGGUGAGAUGUACAGUUGCCCUGUGGGAACAGACAGUACAAUUUUUAAAAGUCAAAAAUCACUCAUUGGGCAGUGGGUAGUGUCCUAGGCAUAGUUAGAAUUCUUAGAAUUAGCGUUCCCCAGUGGGUGGACCAAUUUAAUUUUCAUUCUAUAUUUAUAGAAUGAGGGGAACCCGUAGUGUCCAGCUCAGAAUGUAGCAGAGGCAGGUUUGCCGAGCAAGACUUAGUGCAAUUUCACCUAUCCACUUAGCUUUCGUAGCGGCCUUCCCACAAGCCUUACCCAGGAACCUGCAACAGGAGCUAGUUUCUUUUGUUGCCGUUUAGUUGAACCUAAGUUACAAAUCACAUUGAAAACGAUAACAGCAGUUACAACUGCUAAAUAUUUUCUGUUGGUGCAUGGUUCUCCUUUUAUUAGGCACAUUAUGGGACUGCUUUAGUGCAAUCACCAGUUAUUAUUUACUUGUCUAAAUUAUUGCCAUUGUUUUAUGUUUCUAAGCUUGAUUUUGAUGCUGCUAGUGUGUCUGAGGUGGAUCCACUGUAAGUAUGAAAGGGGAGUUGAUGUGUGUUUUAUCUGCACACAUGAUGAUACAGUGGAGUCCCUCCAGUAAUAAAACCUUUGUCAGAGGGUGAGUUGUUUUCUCAAUGAGAUUAUGUUCAUGUCAAGCAGUGUUAUUAUAUUGCCUUGUUGAAAUGAAUAAAUGAUGUAUCAUUUCCCAGGUGGUUAUUGAUGAUAGCCUUGCUUUUCUGUAUUGUUUUGAGUGUUUGAUUUCUCUGUUCAGAAUGAAGCAUGUAAACUCCAGAUGGAUACUUGAUUUGCACAACAUGCCCAGUGCUCUAACUAUAGCCCAUAAUAUCAGUUCCAACACACCUAUACAUAAUGAGGUUAACCUUCCUGCCCCUUAUCCUCCUGACCACUGAAGAGCAUGUCUGUUAUUUUCCAUACAGCCGUGAUUAUCAUUACUAUACAGCCAUUUAAAAAUGUCACAGCCACCACCACACCAGUGAAAGGUUGCAGCACCCCAGUCCUGCCAAGCUGUGAAUUGUACAGUUUUCCUGUCAUUAAUAUAUUUUGUUUAACUGUUUUGGGAUUUCACGUCAGGGGAUAUUAUUCCAUCAAUUCGGUUUGAAUUGGACUUUUUAUAGGAUAUAAUGCAGAGUUGUCUGCUUUUGUGAAAUACUUGCAGUAGUAAGAGAUUUCUGUUCUCUGUUACUCGUUGUAUCUGACAUUACUGCUACACCUCCCUGUCUGUUACACUUAGUGAGCAGAUUUGGAAAUAACUCUGUUCGAAUAUUCACUGGGAGACAACAUUCAGAUCCAUAGAAACUGAUCGUAUAGAGCAGAUGUGGUUCUCUGAGGAAUAGAGAAUAAUGCCUGUUCUGAUCAUUGCAUUUCUAUCAGUUCUGAGUAACAUUGCCUCAUUGAAUAUGCCUGUAAUUGUGGAAGGCUUGCACUAAAGCUCUGUGUCGGAUUGCUUCUGCCUGCUAUGUAUCACUAGAUUACCUUACCAACCCAGUCAGCGCACUCAUCACAGACUGUACAUGUUUAAAGAGAAAUAAACAUUAUUUUGUGCUUGA